AUGCUGUUCAAGAAAUUGAGUCAUGGCCAAUUGCUUAAACUUGCGAGACAAAAAUGCAUCCCGCCACUAUCACCAAAAUUCCACAAGGGCCAGAGUGGCCGAGUUUGCGUUAUAGGUGGUUGUGAAGAUUAUACGGGUGCACCUUUUUUCAGUGCGAAUGCUUGCGCUCUUAUGGGAUGCGAUAUGACCCAUGUUAUAUGCGAGAAGGAGGCCGCACCAGUGAUUAAAAGCUACUCGCCCAAUCUAAUGGUGCAUCCGUACUUGAGAACGGGGCAUUUGGGAGAAAUGGACAAGAUCAAGACGCUUCUAGAGAAAAUGCAUGUCCUGGUGAUCGGUCCUGGUCUGGGGAGAGACUCCGGCAUGCUGGGCUCGGUGAAAGAGAUAAUAAAAUACGUUCUGGAAGAGCACCAGGGCCAGAUACCCAUUGUUUUGGAUGCUGACGGAUUAUAUUUGGUGACGUACGACGAAUCUGUGAGGGAUAUGCUCGUCAGGUUCCCACAAGGUAGGAUAAUUCUGACCCCAAACGUUGUGGAAUUCCAAAGACUGAGGAAACUGUACCAUGACGAAAUCCCAGAAGGUGAAGAAACCGGUGCGUACAUCGCACGUAAGUUGCACUGUGUCCUCGUCGAGAAGGGUGGGAAAGACCACAUUUUCGCGGAGAAUCACAUGCUCGUAAACGAGUGUGAAGGAAGCAACAAGAGGGUUGGUGGUCAAGGAGAUACCUUAAGCGGCGCCACGGCUUGCAUGCUUGCAUUCAGUAGAGCUAUUUUCGAUUUCAAGUUGUGCGGGGAACCGGACAAAAACCUCGACUGGCUGGACUAUUCAUUAUUGAGUUGUUACACGGCUAGCACAGUUACAAGAGAAUGCGCCAAACAAGCGUUCGCUGCCAAGAAAAGGGCAAUGCAGACCACCGAUCUCAACGAAAGAGUCGGUCAAGUUUACGAUGAGCUGUUUGCGGAGUACAAUAAUGAGAUUUAG